AUGCGAUCCACAUUUUCAGAUAUUGAGGCAAGAGCCAAAGAUCUGACCAACUGUGAAGAAUACCAGCAACAGACAUCAAGACGAAUCAAGCGAAAUACAAAGUACGGCCAUUUCAGCGGCUCUGCCACACUCGACGACUUUGUUGAAAACCAAACACCUGGACAACGUUUCGAAGUUCAGAUGUUCAUUGUCACUAUUGAUAACUAA